UUUUUUUUUUCACCCAAAUUACCAAAAAGCAACAAGCAAAGCAUCUUCCUUGCACACAAUCAACAUGACCAUCUUUAGCUUGCUUUUCCAUGCAAGUAUCUAAGCCUUUCCUUCCCUUACAAUUAAGAGCUUUUUGGUGUAUAAGUAUACUAUUCUUUUUUCUUAUUCUUCUUCUUCAUAAUACCAAAAAACAGUUAUAUCCCCAAAAAAUGUUCCAUAUUAUACAUGUAUGAACUUUUUAUACCAAAAAAAUAAUUAAUUUAAUAAAACCUUUUAAAGUUGGAAUCUUUCCUCCGUUCACAAUCAAACUCAUGUGGUUUUUGGUACUUUCAGUCAUAUAGAGUACACACUCGUUUUUCCCAUAAACCCCACAUAUUUUCUUGGAAAUUUGAUUAAAUAAACCUUAAUUUUUACAAGCUUAUAUAGUAUUCUUACUACAAAAAUGCCAACUUUCUGGUCAUGUUUCAUCAUUGUUCUAGUUUUCCUAAGUUGAUCUUUUCUGGGUUUUUUUUUUUUUUUUUUGUUAUUUCAAAACUUUUUUUUAUUCCUUCUAUGUUCAUGUUUUAGCUCAAAAUGUUGAAUGUUUGUCUCAAACUUUUGGUUGUUAAACAUUAAAUGUUCUUGAUUUCUUCUACUUCCAAAGUUCAUGACAUUGAAAAACUCCCUUAUUCAAUCCCCUGCUUUUGUUAUCUUCUAUAUUCUUGAAUUUCGGUUUAAUUUUCCCCCCAAAUUUUAAAUUUUUUUUUUUGUAGUGAUUCUCUUCUAGGUUUUUUGUCAAUUUCUCCAUAACCAAAACAAAACAAGUACAAAAAUCCUUUCUUUAAUUUGUGGGUUAUCAAAAACCCAAAUUUUCAUUGGUUCGCUCAACCCCUUAACACCAUUAUCAUUACAUCAUAUUCUUUAUUAACCCACAAAAAAAUUUCCCUUAAUCAUAUUAAUUAACAGUGAAUUAAACUGAGAUUAUAAAGUUAAAUCCCACUAAUAAUGGGUGAUUUAACAGGAACAACAAGUGAUACAUCAAAUUCUAAAUACUGGUUGAAUUGGAGGGUUCUACUUUGUGCAAUUUGGGUAUUAAUCUCCAUGAUUUUUGCCUCAUUUCUUAUAUCAAGAAAUGAAGGUCCAAGACAUCCUACAAGAACAGCUAAUAGCAAUAAUAAUAAUGUUGUUACUAGUAGCAUUCAAAGCGAAAGCGGAAGAAUAACACAGGAAAAUCCUGGAAUAUUGUAUGCUGAUGAAGUUUGGAUGCCUUGUCUUAGAGGAAUUCAUCCUGGUUGGUUAUUAGCUUUCAGAGUUUGUGGUUUCUUUGUGCUCUUGAUUCUUCUUAUUGUCAAUGCAAUUUAUGAUGGUGCCUCCAUUUUUUACUACUACACUCAGUGGACUUUCACUCUAGUCACAAUAUAUUUUGGGUUAGGAGCUGUAUUAUCAAUGUAUGGGUGUUUUGAAUAUCAUCAGAAAAUAAGUGGUGAUAGAGUUCAUAAUGAUCAAGGGCUUGAUGCAGAAACAGGCACUUCUUUGUUUUCUACAAAUAUUGGAACUCCAAAUGCAUUUAAAACUUCUUUUAGUGUUCAACAAGUCAUUGAUCAUCCUCGUCCAAUUGCUGGUUUUUGGUGUUAUGUCUUCCAAAUCAUUUUUCAGAUGAAUGCAGGGGCUGUGAUGCUCACAGAUUGUGUAUUUUGGUUCAUAAUUGUUCCAUUUCUCGCAAACACAACCAAAAACUAUGAUCUCAACUUUUUCCUCAUAAACAUGCACUCAAUCAACCUUAUUUUCUUGCUCGGCGAUACCGCCUUGAAUUGCUUGAGAUUUCCUUGGUUUCGGAUGGCAUAUUUCAUCCUUUGGACAGCAUUUUUUGUCAUUUUUCAAUGGGUUCUUCAUGCUUGUAUAUCAAUUUGGUGGCCAUAUCCAUUUUUGGACUUAUCUUCCUCAUUUUCUCCCUUAUGGUAUUCUUCAGUGGCAAUAAUGCAUUUCCCAUGCUAUGGGAUCUUCUACUUGAUAAUAAAGCUCAAGCAUAAUCUAUGGUCAAGAUGUUUUCCUCAGUCUUACCAAUGCUCCCAAUGAUCAACAUAACAAAUCUUGUCCAGUGUAAAUAAAUCCCCCAAAAAAAUUCAUAAUUUUGAACAUUUUUUUUUUCAUUUUUCUAAAAGGUAAAGGAUAGGUAGAAAUUUUAGAGCUAAACAUACAUGAUGUCAUUAGAUAUUUGAAGUUAAAUUCAUUGACAAGUUUUGUUUUUUGGUGAUUGUUUAAGUGAAAACCAUUCAUGUAAAACAAAAUGGAAGAAUUAUAUGUGUUAUAUAUAUAGUUUUUGUAUAAAGAUGUAAAUUCAGAUGAAAA